UUUUGUGGCCCGCUAUGGCGGCGGUGUUGAGGUUGGGUUUAGGUUGCGGGGCAUUUGACUGAAGGGAUAGGCCAAGUGGAGGUAUCAGGGACGUCGCGCGGCACAGAAGAGGACCAGCCUGGACGCCGGGGACGCUGUCAUGUACGGCGCGGGCGGUGGCCGCGCCAAACCCGAGAGGAAAAGUGGCGCGAAGGAGGAGGCCGGGCCAGGCGGUGCCGGCGGUGGGGGCAGCCGAGUGGAGCUCUUGGUUUUCGGCUAUGCCUGCAAGCUGUUCCGGGACGACGAGCGGGCCCUGGCUCAGGAACAGGGACAGCACCUCAUCCCCUGGAUGGGGGACCACAAAAUCCUCAUCGACAGAUAUGAUGGACGUGGUCACCUGCAUGACCUUUCUGAGUACGAUGCUGAGUAUUCCACGUGGAACAGAGAUUAUCAGCUGUCUGAAGAGGAGGCGCGAAUAGAGGCCCUGUGUGAUGAAGAGAGGUAUUUAGCCUUGCAUACGGACUUGCUUGAGGAGGAGGCAAGGCAAGAGGAAGAAUACAAGCGAUUGAGUGAAGCACUAGCAGAGGAUGGGAGCUACAAUGCCGUGGGGUUCACUUACGGUAGCGACUAUUAUGACCCGUCAGAGCCGACGGAGGAGGAGGAGCCUUCCAAACAGAGAGAAAAAAAUGAGGCUGAAAAUUUAGAGGAAAAUGAAGAGCCCUUCGUUGCCCCCUUAGGAUUGAGCGUCCCGUCUGACGUGGAGCUGCCACCAACUGCUAAAAUGCACGCCAUCAUCGAGCGCACGGCCAGCUUCGUGUGCAGGCAGGGAGCGCAGUUUGAGAUCAUGCUGAAGGCCAAGCAGGCCCGGAACUCCCAGUUCGACUUCCUGCGCUUCGACCACUACCUCAACCCCUACUAUAAGUUCAUCCAGAAAGCCAUGAAAGAAGGACGUUACACCGUCCUGGCGGAAAACAAAAGUGACGAGAAAAAAAAAUCAGGAGUCAGCUCUGACAAUGAAGAUGAUGAUGAUGAAGAAGAUGGGAAUUACCUGCAUCCGUCUCUCUUUGCCUCCAAGAAGUGUAACCGCCUUGAAGAGCUGAUGAAGCCCUUGAAGGUGGUGGACCCAGAUCAUCCCCUUGCAGCGCUUGUUCGUAAGGCGCAGGCUGACAGCUCCACUCCCACCCCACACAACGCAGAUGGUGUGCCUGUGCAGCCCUCCCAGGUGGAGUACACGGCAGACUCGACCGUGGCAGCCAUGUAUUACAGCUACUACAUGCUACCGGAUGGCACUUACUGCCUGGCGCCGCCCCCUCCCGGAAUCGACGUGGCCACUUACUACAGCACCCUUCCUGCUGGUGUGACCGUGUCUAACUCCCCUGGAGUGACGACCGCUGCCCCACCGCCUCCCGGGACCACGCCACCGCCGCCCCCAACCACAGCCGAGACAAGCAGCGGGGCCACCUCCACAACCACCACCACAAGUGCACUUGCCCCCGUGGCCGCCAUCAUCCCCCCACCCCCCGACGUCCAGCCUGUGAUUGACAAGCUAGCCGAGUAUGUCGCCAGGAACGGCCUGAAGUUCGAGACCAGUGUUCGUGCCAAGAAUGAUCAAAGAUUUGAAUUCCUGCAGCCAUGGCACCAGUAUAAUGCCUAUUAUGAGUUUAAGAAGCAGUUCUUCCUCCAGAAAGAAGGGGGCGAUAGCACGCAGGCUGUGUCCGCACCAGAAGAGGCUCCCACAGACUCUGCUCCUGAGAAGCCGAGUGACACUGGGGAGGACGGCGCACCUGAAGACACGGCCGAGGUGGGAGCACGGGCAGGCUCAGGCGGGAAGAAGGAGGCGUCGUCCAGUAAGACCGUCCCGGACGGGAAGCUGGUGAAAGCUUCCUUUGCUCCAAUAAGCUUUGCAAUCAAGGCCAAAGAAAAUGAUCUGCUUCCCCUGGAAAAAAAUCGUGUUAAGCUAGAUGAUGACAGUGAUGAUGAUGAAGAAAGCAAAGAAGGCCAAGAAAGUUCUAGUAGUGCUGCAAACACUAACCCAGCAGUUGCCCCACCCUGUGUAGUUGUUGAGGAGAAGAAGCCUCAACUUACCCAGGAGGAGCUAGAAGCAAAGCAAGCAAAGCAAAAGCUGGAAGAUCGCCUCGCAGCUGCUGCCCGGGAAAAGCUGGCCCAGGCGUCUAAGGAGUCAAAAGAGAAACAGCUUCAAGCAGAACGUAAAAGGAAAGCGGCAUUAUUUUUACAGACCCUCAAAAAUCCUCUGCCGGAAGCAGAAGCUGGGAAAAUUGAGGAGAAUCCUUUCAGUGUUGAGCAUGGCAUCUCUAAUACUGUGCUCCUCUUAUUGGCUCCUGCUGUCCACAGCCUGGGGGCUGGGAAGGGAGUGCUGCCUGUGGAAAGGCCCGGAAACCAGAGGGGGUUCCCUUUCUCCCUUUGCAUCCUGGAAUCCAACACUACGCCCUGCCCUCUACUGACUGGAGGCAGAUCUCUGCCUACUUUAGAAGUUAAACCACCCGAUAGGCCUUCGAGCAAAAGCAAAGAUCCACCGAGAGAAGAAGAGAAAGAAAAGAAAAAGAAAAAGCACAAAAAAAGAUCUCGAACAAGAUCGCGUUCUCCCAAGUACCAUUCGUCAUCCAAGUCCAGGUCUAGAUCACACUCAAAAGCAAAGCAUUCUCUUCCCAGUGCCUAUCGGACAGUGCGGCGGUCGAGGUCCCGCUCCCGGUCCCCUCGGAGGAGAGCCCACUCCCCUGAGAGACGGAGAGAAGAGAGGAGUGUGCCCACUGCCUACCGCGUGAGCAGCAGCCCUGGGGCCAGCAGGAAGCGGACCCGCUCCAGGAAAUACAUCCACCAUCUGUCCUCUCGCCCCGGCUUCCGGUAGCUGUGGACGGCCACCGCCAUUGGUGCCGCCAGUGACUACCCUCUCGACCGUGAGGGUGCCAUCUCACGAGCACCUCCUCUGGUUCUCACCCACUGAUGUCACCACCCAGUGCCUUGCAUGGGCCAGCCCUGCAUUUCCACUCUUUCCAAGCACAAGGAGCUUGUUUUGUGUCCCCACGUGGAGUUCGUGCAGCUUCCUGGCUGUGUGGGUGGACUGUGUCUGCGUCUGGAGCCACACACAGAAGGAUGGAGCGUUGCACGUCGUAGCCUUGAGUUUCUGAACACGGUUCUGCUAAGUGCACGGGGGUCAAGACACUCAGGGUCCCAGAGCCUUCCAGAGGACGAGCCUUCCAUUGCCAGGAUCACUGACACACGGGGACCCUCCUGCUCCUGGGACAGAUGGCCCCAGCCAUCACCCACACUGCCCAGCCACAAGGCACACACUAGGCAGAGAGCUGCAGCAGGUCCUCCCCACAGCACCCUGGGCAAGAAAAUGCUGCUGCAGUUGGCCUAGUACCACAGUUCCCUCCGUUGACAAGAUACGAUUUUUUCUUAAAACAGAAAAAUUAGCAAAAGAACUGUAAAGCAGAUAGAUACUAGCAAAUGUUUCAUGUACAACUGGCUCUGUUUAUAAAUUACAUUUUGUUCCUUAGUAAUCCUACACUGAGCAUUCAUGUCUACUCUCAUACAAUCUGAUGAAAAUUAAAAUGUUAGAAUCCAUCCCUUAAACAAGUAAUUUCACGUCAGAAAUUCACCAUCACCUUUGGUAUAUGUGAAGGGCAUGGUUAGAAAUUAAUUCCUUCUGUCUCAACAGAAGAGGCCUUUCACAUUAACCUUUGCUUUAAGAGAGAUCUUGUGGGAGCAAGUAGUGAUCGUAUCUGUAAGUAGCAGCGUCCUGACGGCCAGCCAGCACACUCAGACGCCUGACUCGCGUGAGCUGCUCACAUUCUCACCGAGCGCUAACAGGUCACACAAGAGAAGCAAAGGGUUAGACUCAGUGCAGAGCUGAGCCCUGAGCUGCCCUGCCCAGAUAGACGGAAUUAAACCUGCAAACCUAACUCUGUGGAGUGUUAAACUGUGAUUCACUAGGAACUCAAUAGAGGUGAAUACGUGGGUAAUUACUGGUCAGUUUUGUAGUCUUAAUUAUAAGCCCCCAGUUAGUCUAUAAAUCCAGAAUAUGGAUUUGGUUUUGUUUUCUUUGGGGGGUGUUUUAUUUUUUGAGACAGGGUUUCACUCUGUUCUCCAGGCUGGAGUGCAGUGGUGUAAUCACAGCUUCUGCUUCCUGGG